GCCGUCGGUCCACCCCAGAUACCCCACCACUUAGAAACAUGGAGUUGAGAGCUAGACACCAUCAAGCCACCCAGGAGAGACAGGUCAAUCGAUGCUGAUUGGACUGUUCCCUGGUGCUUUUUCUCUAGUGUUCACAAGGAUGCGGCCAUGGGCUUGAGUCUCCCAUGGUCUAAUAUAAUGGGCUGGCUCUUGCUCGUUUCUAUCGCCUCGGACGCCAUCUCUCCUCCAUUUUUCACGGGGCCUAUAUAUCUGUCUCUUGGAACCUCUGGGCAGAGUCUUGUCUUUCAGCAUCUUCGUCGUGUACAAUACGACAAGCACCCUACGACAGUCUAGGGCUUGGCUGACAAGGACGAGAGACUGCGAUUGGGCACCUGGUGUAUACUUCUACUAUCCUUUUUUUUUCAGAUCUCAUACAAAGCCUUGUUACACGAAUCAUCCGCCAAGAUGAUGGCCAAAAUCCUCUCCAAGAGAGGCUAUAACUGGUACAUCUCUCUCGUUGCAGCAGCAUGCAUGGUUCUCUAUGGUUACGAUGCGUCCGUCUACAACUCCGUCCAGGGUUCCAAGAACUGGGUCAAAUUCUUUAAUAACCCAAAUGAGAACAUGAUUGGCGCAGUCAACACGGCCUACACCGUGGGCGCCAUCUUCGGCGGUUUCUUCUUGGGCGGCCCCAUUGCUGAUUAUCUCGGCCGCAAGAUUGGAAUGGGCAUCGGCUGUGUCCUUGUUAUUGCAUCCACCUUCAUGCAGACAUGGUCCCCACGUGGUAACAUCGGAUGCUUCCUUGCUGGUCGCCUCAUCAUCGGUAUCGGACAGGGCAUUGCCUUGACCGCCGGUCCUAUUUAUAUUGGUGAGCUGGCACCACCAGAGAUUCGUGGUAAAAUCAUGACCUUCUGGCAAAUGUUCUACUCCGUUGGAUCUUUCAUUUGCUUCUGGGUCAACUACGGUUGCACAAAGCAUAAGGAGAACCUGGGCGAGUGGGACUGGAAAAUGGUUGUCAUAUUCCAACUGCUCGUUCCCUGUCUGAUUCUGGCUCUUCUGCCAACAAUCCCCGGCUCUCCACGAUGGUUCCUCCAGCGAGGUGACAACGUUGAAAAGGCCCGCGCCGCUCUGCGCCGAGUCCGUGAGACUGACGAGGAAGUGGAGGAGGAAAUCUUGAGAAUCCGUGAGGCCCUCGAGUACGAAAAGGAAGCCAUCUCCAGCAACUACAGUGCGCUCUGGAAGGACAAGUCCCUCCGCAAGCGUAUGCUUCUGGCGCUGGUGAUCAAUGCCGGUCAACAGGUCACUGGACAAGGUUCCCUGAACUCAUACUCGACCAAGAUCUACCAGAAGGUGUUUCCCAGCUCCGGAACGAUCGCUCUCAUCAACGCCCUCAACGCCACCUUUGGUAUUAUCUUUACUUUGAACGCGGUGUGGAUCAUUGAUCGCUUCGGACGCAAAUUCCUCCUGAUUGUUGGUGGUAUCGGCAUGGGUCUCUGCAUGAUCAUUGUCGCCGCUGUUGAAACUGAAACACCAUCGCCGCACGGGGUGAAGACAGAAUCCGUCGGAAUAUCGAUCGUGUUCUUACUUUUCCUAUUCAUCUUCUUCUACAAACCCUCUUGGGGUGCAACCGUGUGGAUUUGGACGUCCGAGGUAUUCUCGAUGAACGUUCGUGCCCAGGCCGUAGGUAUGGCCUCGCAGACUCAGAACGUCGCCAACGCCAUUUUCCAACAAUUCUUCCCCAUUUUCCUGAAGAACUGCGGGUUCUACGCGUUCUACAUGUUCGCGGGUGUCAACUUCUUGCUUGCCGUCUUUGUCUGGUUCUUCAUUCCCGAGACCAAGCAAGUUCCCCUGGAGGAGAUCGACGCCCUCUUCGGCGGCGCCAACCAUGUUACCAACGGCGAGCGGAUGAUGAUUGGAGAGAAGGAGAGACAAUUUGAGAACCAGGCCAAUGAGAAGAGUGAUGCGGUAACUAUUGAAAACCUCGAGGCUAGACGGUAGAUGUCUGCCGCUGCGGUGCCCAAGGGGCGUUGAUAUCAUGACCUUGCUGUAUCCAGCUAAUGUUUAUGAGUGGUCAAUCUGGUAUUGAUACUGCG